UAUUUUGUAAAUGUAUUUUUGUAACUUCGCUACAUAUAAGAUAUUUUAUGAGAUAUAAAUAUAUUUUAAUAUAAAAUAGACAGAUUUUUGUGGUUGAAUGCUGAUAAUUGCAGGAUUUUCAGUAUGUUACUGCCUUAUAGCUGACUGCUCAUGCUUACAGGUUCUAAACACAUUUAAAGCGCUGCAUAGAACAAGAAUGGCUGCAUUUAAAGAUGAUGAAAGGGCACUAACAGCUGCCAGGUUAAAGAUUAAUGAAGAGUUUAAGAAAAACAAAAAUGAAACGUCAGAAGAAAACAUUCUAAAGAUGAUUAAAAUGGGCUCAGAUGUGGAAAUUGUUCUUCGAGAAUCUGUGGUACAAGUGGAGCAUAUUGGAGAGCAACGUCUUUUGCUGCGACCGCGAGAAGGUCUACUGCUGGAAAAUGUUCCAUAUUCUGAUGAACCCAGGACAAAGUCUUGACGGACCUUUUUUUUUUUCUGCACCAUAUUGUGCCAGCCAUGAGACUGUUUUUUUUCCCUGCAGUUUAUUGGGCUCAAAUGAACAAGAUCUUGUUGACAAAGCCAAUGGAAUGAUCGCUGCAAGAGAAAUCUGAUUUGUAUUCAGAGAAAAUGACUCUAUGUGUUUAGUCUAACUACUGAUUUUAACUUGAGACCAUUUCCUCAUCAAAAACACUUCAUUUGCUUUCUCUCCAAUGUAAUCUGGGAACGUUUUUAACUUAAUUCCAAAGUAAAAACUACAAAACGUG